AUGACUGCCUUGGAGCUGUCGGCGGAGAAGCUGAGCGCGCUGACGGCGGCGGACAUGCAGCAGCUGGACGCGCUGGUGGUGUACGGGUCCAGCGCCAGAGUGCUGGACGGGACGUUUGGCAACAUGCUGCUGUCUCCUGACGUGAUGGACAGCGUCGAGCCCGUGGAUCUGCGCAUCAGGGACGACGAGGAGUAUGCGGGCGUCCGGGCGCUGAUGAGCGACGCGGCGGUGGUGGGCUACACGUUCCGCACGGUGUACGGCUGCUCUGUCGGUGGGAGGUACGUGGCGUCGAUAAUGGCGUGCCACGAGCUCAAGUACGACCCGCUGCGCGCGAUGCUGAGCUACGUGGCGUUGGGGAGUCUGCCCGGCCUGAUGAUGUACCGGAUGGGGUAUUCGGCCGCUUGUUCAAGAAUGCGGGGCGCGUUGGGCGUGGAGAUGAGGCGGGUGGAUCGCAUACCGUUCUACUUCAACAACGAGGGCUCCUUUGCCGUGCCGGUCGGGACGCGGGACCGGCCUGCUCCCGAGCCCCUGCCGGAGGCGCUCGGGGAGGUGAGCGCGGUGCUGGAGGCGGCGUGCAGCACCGUGCAGUACGAGGUGCAGUGUCAGAUGCUGAUGUAUGGGGAUAGGGAGCAGGCGGUGCUUGUGCUGGAGGAUGCGACGGGGAAGGGGCUGCGGCCGUUCGCGGUUGAUCCUGGCUUUGGGGCUGUCAAGGUGUUUUACCGCAGGGAGGGCGACACCACGGCGCCGUUCGAGCCGAACGUGACGGAGGUGACGUUUGUGGCGGCGCCGGGGCUGCGGGUGCCCGCCGAGGGGACGAUCGGCAACGUGACAAGCACGAUCACGGUGCCGGCAGGGUGUGGUGUGUGGGACGUGGACGUGGCGGUGGCGAUCAGCCACGAGCACUCGGCGGACCUGGAGCUGUCGCUGGAGCACGGCGGAAAGACUGUACGGCUGGCGUAUGACCAAGGCGGGAGCGCAGUGGACGCGUAUGCGGGAACGGUGUUUGACGACAGUGCGGGGCGGCUGGUGCAGGGACCGGGCCCGUUCACGGGGCGAUGGAUUGGCGACGCGCGGACGGGGCCGCUGGAGUUUGAGUUUAUGGACGCGACGGGGGAGUGGACGCUGGUGGUGGUAGACGACGAGGUGCUGGACGCGGGCAUGCUGCACUCGUGGCAGCUGCGGCUGCGGUGCUACGGCGACAUGGAGAGCUUCGUGCCGGCGGCGCUGGCGGUGAACGCUACGCAGGAGACCCCUGACCUUGUUGCUGGAUCGUUCGAGGGCGCUGCGGACGGGCGCCUGUGCCCCGAGGGUGAGCGGUGCGUUGCCGUGCUGUCGGGCUCGUCAGUGGACCGCAUUUCGGCUGCAGCAGCAGCACUGAACAUGACUGCCUUGGAGCUGUCGGCGGAGAAGCUGAGCGCGCUGACGGCGGCGGACAUGCAGCAGCUGGACGCGCUGGUGGUGUACGGGUCCAGCGCGUGCAGCAUCGGCGGGCUGCAGGCCAGAGUGCUGGACGGGACGUUUGGCAACAUGCUGCUGUCUCCUGACGUGAUGGACAGCGUCGAGCCCGUGGAUCUGCGCAUCAGGGACGACGAGGAGUAUGCGGGCGUCCGGGCGCUGAUGAGCGACGCGGCGGUGGUGGGCUACACGUUCCGCACGGUGUACGGCUGCUCUGUCGGUGGGAGGUACGUGGCGUCGAUAAUGGCGUGCCACGAGCUCAAGUACGACCCGCUGCGCGCGAUGCUGAGCUACGUGGCGUCGGGGAGUCUGCCCGGCCUGAUGAUGUACCGGAUGGGGUAUUCGGCCGCUUGUUCAAGAAUGCGGGGCGCGUUGGGCGUGGAGAUGAGGCGGGUGGAUCGCAUACCGUUCUACUUCAACAACGAGGGCUCCUUUGCCGUGCCGGUCGGGACGCGGGACCGGCCUGCUCCCGAGCCCCUGCCGGAGGCGCUCGGGGAGGUGAGCGCGGUGCUGGAGGCGGCGUGCAGCACCGUGCAGUACGAGGUGCAGUGUCAGAUGCUGAUGUAUGGGGAUAGGGAGCAGGCGGUGCUUGUGCUGGAGGAUGCGACGGGGAAGGGGCUGCGGCCGUUCGCGGUUGAUCCUGGCUUUGGGGCUGUCAAGGUGUUUUACCGCAGGGAGGGCGACACCACGGCGCCGUUCGAGCCGAACGUGACGGAGGUGACGUUUGUGGCGGCGCCGGGGCUGCGGGUGCCCGCCGAGGGGACGAUCGGCAACGUGACAAGCACGAUCACGGUGCCGGCAGGGUGUGGUGUGUGGGACGUGGACGUGGCGGUGGCGAUCAGCCACGAGCACUCGGCGGACCUGGAGCUGUCGCUGGAGCACGGCGGAAAGACUGUACGGCUGGCGUAUGACCAAGGCGGGAGCGCAGUGGACGCGUAUGCGGGAACGGUGUUUGACGACAGUGCGGGGCGGCUGGUGCAGGGACCGGGCCCGUUCACGGGGCGAUGGAUUGGCGACGCGCGGACGGGGCCGCUGGAGUUUGAGUUUAUGGACGCGACGGGGGAGUGGACGCUGGUGGUGGUAGACGACGAGGUGCUGGACGCGGGCAUGCUGCACUCGUGGCAGCUGCGGCUGCGGUGCUACGGCGACAUGGAGAGCUUCGUGCCGGCGGCGCUGGCGGUGAACGCUACGCAGGAGACCCCUGACCUUGUUGCUGGAUCGUUCGAGGGCGCUGCGGACGGGCGCCUGUGCCCCGAGGGUGAGCGGUGCGUUGCCGUGCUGUCGGGCUCGUCAGUGGACCGCAUUUCGGCUGCAGCAGCAGCACUGAACAUGACUGCCUUGGAGCUGUCGGCGGAGAAGCUGAGCGCGCUGACGGCGGCGGACAUGCAGCAGCUGGACGCGCUGGUGGUGUACGGGUCCAGCGCCAGAGUGCUGGACGGGACGUUUGGCAACAUGCUGCUGUCUCCUGACGUGAUGGACAGCGUCGAGCCCGUGGAUCUGCGCAUCAGGGACGACGAGGAGUAUGCGGGCGUCCGGGCGCUGAUGAGCGACGCGGCGGUGGUGGGCUACACGUUCCGCACGGUGUACGGCUGCUCUGUCGGUGGGAGGUACGUGGCGUCGAUAAUGGCGUGCCACGAGCUCAAGUACGACCCGCUGCGCGCGAUGCUGAGCUACGUGGCGUCGGGGAGUCUGCCCGGCCUGAUGAUGUACCGGAUGGGGUAUUCGGCCGCUUGUUCAAGAAUGCGGGGCGCGUUGGGCGUGGAGAUGAGGCGGGUGGAUCGCAUACCGUUCUACUUCAACAACGAGGGCUCCUUUGCCGUGCCGGUCGGGACGCGGGACCGGCCUGCUCCCGAGCCCCUGCCGGAGGCGCUCGGGGAGGUGAGCGCGGUGCUGGAGGCGGCGUGCAGCACCGUGCAGUACGAGGUGCAGUGUCAGAUGCUGAUGUAUGGGGAUAGGGAGCAGGCGGUGCUUGUGCUGGAGGAUGCGACGGGGAAGGGGCUGCGGCCGUUCGCGGUUGAUCCUGGCUUUGGGGCUGUCAAGGUGUUUUACCGCAGGGAGGGCGACACCACGGCGCCGUUCGAGCCGAACGUGACGGAGGUGACGUUUGUGGCGGCGCCGGGGCUGCGGGUGCCCGCCGAGGGGACGAUCGGCAACGUGACAAGCACGAUCACGGUGCCGGCAGGGUGUGGUGUGUGGGACGUGGACGUGGCGGUGGCGAUCAGCCACGAGCACUCGGCGGACCUGGAGCUGUCGCUGGAGCACGGCGGAAAGACUGUACGGCUGGCGUAUGACCAAGGCGGGAGCGCAGUGGACGCGUAUGCGGGAACGGUGUUUGACGACAGUGCGGGGCGGCUGGUGCAGGGACCGGGCCCGUUCACGGGGCGAUGGAUUGGCGACGCGCGGACGGGGCCGCUGGAGUUUGAGUUUAUGGACGCGACGGGGGAGUGGACGCUGGUGGUGGUAGACGACGAGGUUCUGCACACUGGGACGUUGCACUCGUGGACGCUGGACUUGAAGUGCUUCAGCCCAGCAGUGAUCUUGUCGUUCGUCACGUCCGAGGCGGACUGGAGCCCCUGCAGCGCCACGUGCGGCAGCGGGACCCAGACGGCGUCCGUGACAUGCAUGGAGCACGUGUUCUUCCCGUCGAACGGCACCUACACGCCCGGGACGGUCGUCGCCGACUCCCGCUGUCUGGACGCCGGGUUGGAGCGGCCGGCCAUGCGCACUCGGCUGUGCAUCGAGCCGCCGUGCAAGAAGCCGGUGCUGGAGUUUGGGGCGUUCGGGGCGUGCGAUGCGCAGUGCGGCGGGGGGCUGCGGUACCGCUCCGCGUCGUGCGUGGACGCGGUGACGGCGAUGCCGAUGGCUCUGUCGGAGUGCGCGUUCUCGCACGCGGCGAACUUCUCGCUGAUCACGGAGGCCUGCAACGAGACGCCGUGCGCGUCGUUCGUCCUGGAGUACCCCGACACGUGGACGAGGUGCUCCGCGACGUGCUGGGACCGGGCGAACAACGCGUCGAUGCCCAUGCAGACGCGAGCGGCGGUGGGGAUGGGGAACUGCACUGCGCUCGGGCUGGCCGUGGACGCGUCGCUGCUGCAGCAGCCGUGCAACGCCGAGCCGUGCGUGACGUACGAGUGGCAGACCGGGGCGUGGGGCGCGUACACCAACGCUGCGACGGGCGCGGCGGCCACGUGCGACGCGGGCGACGGGUCGACAUACACACAGAGUCGCGCGGUGUCGUGUCGGGGGUCGGACGGGAGCAGCGUGCCGGACGCGGAGGCAGCCAGCCGCUGCACGGCGCCAAUCGCGAUGCCGUGUGCCUACUCGGCGGACACGAUCCCACAGGGCCGCCGCAACAAGUGCAUCCCGAACGGCGCGCUGUUUACGUGCGAGUGUGCGAGGGAUGGCAACGGCAACGCUCUAUACACGGGGACGCGGUGCGAGUCGAUCGUGACGCCGGACUGCCCUGCGCCGGGGAAGAUGUACGUGGUGAACGGCGUUGACACGUGCUGCCCGUCGGGGGUGUACACGUCGAGGCUGGAGUGCUGUCCGUUCGCCGACAUGGUGGAGGACGCGAACGGGGCGUGCUGCUUCAGGGACGCGCGGACCGCGGCCGGCCGCGGGGACGUGCUGGACGGGUGCAACGUGUGCGGCGGCAAGGGCAAGGGGCGUGUUGGCGGGGAGUGCUGCGAGGGCACGGCCGACAAGCACGGCAAGUGCUGCCCGCCGAACAACCCCUUCACGGCGCUGAAGCAGGAGGUGGACGAGUGCGGGAACUGCGGGGGCGGCAACCGGGGGUGCAACUUUGAGGCCACGGUGACGUUCGACGUGCCGCCGUCAAACAGGAACCACCCGGAGCUGAACAGCAGCGUGGCGACGUGGGUGUCGGAGUCGACGGGCGCAGGGGGGCACCGCGUGAACGUGACGGGCCACACGUCGGGGUCCGGGACGAGAAUGAACUCGGACGUGACGAUCGGCGGCGUUCAGAAUGACGGGGACGCGGCGAUGAGUCAGGGCCGCAUUGCGGGCUCGAUCGCUGCGUCUGUGGCACAGGGCAAGGAGCUCAGGACCACGGAGCGCGUGUCCCGCGCCUCGCGCGCGCUGAUGCAAACCACGCUGGGAACGGGGAUCGGCGUGCAGGCUGUGGGGACGCAAGCAGUGUGUGGCAACGGUCGGUGCGAAGGGCUGUCCGAGACCGUCGUGGUCGGCUCGAGCGGGGUGACGGGAGGCUGCACCACCGUCGGGCCGUCCGGUGCGACCGACUGCGCGACGCCCAUCUACACCUGCAAGGCGCCGGACUGGGCCCCGACGGUGGCGUGCGGCGGUGUCGGAGCAUGCGUCGCGGACGACGCGUCUCUGCCCGUGCUGCAGCAGACGUCGAUCUGCCAGUGCGACACUGGGUACGCCGGGGAGGCGUGUCAGGUCUGCGACACGGGGUACGCCGAGGCGGAGGGCAGCCGCGCGGCAGGGUCGCUGCGGUGCCUGCGUCUGACAGUGACGGCGUCGCAGGCGGUCGCGGCGACGGACCCGCCUGUAGCGCUGGCGACCGCGGGCAGCUCGGAGGGCACCGCUGAUUCAGGGGCGGGUUCGAUGCCCAACAUCUUCUUGAUCGCAGGCGCUGCCGGUGGUGUCGCUCUCGUCAUCGCAGUCACCGUAGCGACGGUGGUGAUCAUCGAGGACUUCAUGGACGUCAUGACCGGAGUCUGA